AUGGAUGAUCACUCGAGAAAACGCGGAGAUAAAAUUGAAAGUAAAAAAAUGGAAAAUUUUCAAAUUUCCCGAGUUUCCGAUAACAAUAAAUAUUUCAAGGGGAAAAUUCCGGAUAGCAGUUGUAAAAAUUUAACGGUUAACUGUAGUAACAUGGGGCAACAUAAUAGUAUAGGUGAAACGGCUAAAAUUUCACCCACUCGAACUCUUUCUCUAAGAUCGAACAACGGAGGAUGUAGUCGGACGACACCCGUGACAUUUAAACAUUUCGGAUUGCAAGAAUCGGAUUUGCAAAAAUCGCAUAAUGGAAGUGUUGUUGACCCUUCACCUCUGAUGAUAAAAAGGGAACCGGGAGAUUUUCAAAAAUAUACGAGAAAUUCUCCUCUAUUGAGUUUUUCAUCUCUUGACACGAUAUUCAAUCCGAACGCUCUUCGCGUUCUCGACGGACAAAUAUUGAACACGGUGCCAUACACGGAAUCAUCCUUUGAAUUAUCCGAAAAGAAAAAAAAUUAUUCGAGUUCUCCGAACUUGGAGGAUGGAUUUUUUUCAAAUUCGAAUCAAAAUUUUCUCAGUCCCAGACCACCAGCAUCAGACAAUCCUUUUUUAAAUUCCAAGUUCGACUAUGAAAAAUUUAACGAUUAUAAAAAUUACACGGGUACCAACUAUUCGAAAACGACGGACAAUUAUAAAAAUGUCGAAAAGACAAAAACGAGUUGGGAUUAUUUUUCGAAAAAUCAUAACUGCGAUCGAAACGAAGAAGAUGAUGAAAGAUCGAUAUCGCAAGAUAAUAAUAAUUCUUUGGUGAAUUCGACAACGUCGGAAAUCGAAACGAAAACGUCAACAACAACAACCAAAAGCAAUUCGAUCAAUGUGACUCCGUGUCAAGUAGCCGAAGUAACAAGUGCGUCAUCAUUAUUGAGCCCGAAAAUUCCAUCCGUGAAUCCGGUGGUUAUUAAACAGGAAGGAGUAGUUUCCGUGCCGUUGGGUUCUGGAGCAACUGGAGUCAACGAUCAGAAAAAAGAUGGUGCAUUCAUGCCCUCGGGACAGUUUACUGGAGUCAGCAGCACAGUCGGGGCUUCUGUGACGACAACAAGACAGAGAAACGAGUCGAGAUUCGAUGAUGUUAAAAUGAGUCAAAAUAAUAAAAAUUCUCCGGUUCCCCCACAGCAGCCGACACCGACUCAUCCAAUUCCUCCGCCUCCAGGAUUAUUACAUCGAACGACAUUUCAAUCGCAACCUUCGAUAAAUCUUUCUCCAGCUUUGGGUGCGACUCUUUAUCCCGGAGGAUUGUCCUGCGAUGAUAGGUCGGGAGCAUCUAUUUGGCCGACUCAACCUCAUCAUAAUCCCCCGGGUCUUUGGCAAUAUUCCGGUAAGUUUUUCACCUUUUUUUCUUUUGCACAAAUUGUUGAAAGCGUUACUAUUUACCCUCCCUCCCCCGAUUGA